UUAGGUACCAUAGAGCGAGGCGAGGAUGAAGCCGAGAGGAUACUGCAGAGGUCUCUGGUGCAUGUGUGUAUGUGUGCGUUUGUGUGUGUUUGUGUGUCUGUGUGUUCUGCCCCAGUGAGACUGCAGCCCUUGUAAAUACUUUGACACCUUUUGCAAGAAGGAAUCUAAACAAUUGCAACUGAAGGCACAUUGUUAUCAUCUCGUCUUUGGGUGAUGCUGUUCCUCACUGCAGAUGGAUAAUUUUCCUUUUAAUCAGGUUAUUUAUCCAUUCACCUACUGAAGGACAUCUUGGUUGCUUCCAGGUUUGGGCAAUUAUGAAUAAAGCUGCUGUAUACAUCCAUGUGCAGGAUUUUGUGUGGACAUAAGUUUUCAACUCCUCUGGUUAAAUCCUAAGGAAUUUCAUAUGCAGAAUAAAUGGUAAUUAAAAUGUGCAGGAUGACAAGAUGGAGCAAACAGUGCUUGUACCACCAGGACCUGACAGCUUCAACUUCUUCACCAGAGAAUCUCUUGCGGCUAUUGAAAGACGCAUUGCAGAAGAAAAGGCAAAGAAUCCCAAACCAGACAAAAAAGAUGACGACGAAAAUGGCCCAAAGCCAAAUAGUGACUUGGAAGCUGGAAAGAACCUUCCAUUUAUUUAUGGAGACAUUCCUCCAGAGAUGGUGUCAGAGCCCCUGGAGGACCUGGACCCCUACUAUAUCAAUAAGAAAACUUUUAUAGUAUUGAAUAAAGGGAAGGCCAUCUUCCGGUUCAGUGCCACCUCUGCCCUGUACAUUUUAACUCCCUUCAAUCCUCUUAGGAAAAUAGCUAUUAAGAUUUUGGUACAUUCAUUAUUCAGCAUGCUAAUUAUGUGCACUAUUUUGACAAACUGUGUGUUUAUGACAAUGAGUAACCCUCCUGAUUGGACAAAGAAUGUAGAAUACACCUUCACAGGAAUAUAUACUUUUGAAUCACUUAUAAAAAUUAUUGCAAGGGGAUUCUGUUUAGAAGAUUUUACUUUCCUUCGGGAUCCAUGGAACUGGCUCGAUUUCACUGUCAUUACAUUUGCGUACGUCACAGAGUUUGUGGACCUGGGCAAUGUCUCGGCAUUGAGAACAUUCAGAGUUCUCCGAGCAUUGAAGACUAUUUCAGUCAUUCCAGGCCUGAAAACCAUUGUGGGGGCCCUGAUCCAGUCUGUGAAGAAGCUCUCAGAUGUAAUGAUCCUGACUGUGUUCUGUCUGAGCGUAUUUGCUCUAAUUGGGCUGCAGCUGUUCAUGGGCAACCUGAGGAAUAAAUGUAUACAAUGGCCUCCCACCAAUGCUUCCUUGGAGGAACAUAGUAUAGAAAAGAAUAUAACUGUGAAUUAUAAUGGUACACUUAUAAAUGAAACUGUCUUUGAGUUUGACUGGAAGUCAUAUAUUCAAGAUUCAAGAUAUCAUUAUUUCCUGGAGGGUUUUUUAGAUGCACUACUAUGUGGAAAUAGCUCUGAUGCAGGCCAAUGUCCAGAGGGAUAUAUGUGUGUGAAAGCUGGUAGAAAUCCCAAUUAUGGCUACACAAGCUUUGAUACCUUCAGUUGGGCUUUUUUGUCCUUGUUUCGACUAAUGACUCAGGACUUCUGGGAAAAUCUUUAUCAACUGACAUUACGUGCUGCUGGGAAAACGUACAUGAUAUUUUUUGUGUUGGUCAUUUUCUUGGGCUCAUUCUACCUAAUAAAUUUGAUCCUGGCUGUGGUGGCCAUGGCCUAUGAGGAACAGAAUCAGGCCACCUUGGAAGAAGCAGAACAGAAAGAGGCCGAAUUUCAGCAGAUGAUCGAACAGCUUAAAAAGCAACAGGAGGCAGCUCAGCAGGCAGCAACGGCAACUGCCUCAGAACAUUCCAGAGAGCCCAGUGCAGCAGGCAGGCUCUCAGACAGCUCAUCUGAAGCCUCUAAGUUGAGUUCCAAGAGUGCUAAGGAAAGAAGAAAUCGGAGGAAGAAAAGAAAACAGAAAGAGCAGUCUGGUGGGGAAGAGAAAGAUGAGGAUGAAUUCCCAAAAUCUGAAUCUGAGGACAGCAUCAGGAGGAAAGGUUUUCGCUUCUCCAUUGAAGGGAACCGAUUGACAUAUGAAAAGAGGUACUCUUCCCCACACCAGUCUUUGUUGAGCAUCCGUGGCUCCCUAUUUUCACCAAGGCGAAAUAGCAGAACAAGCCUUUUCAGCUUUAGAGGGCGAGCAAAGGAUGUGGGAUCUGAGAACGACUUCGCAGAUGAUGAGCACAGCACCUUUGAGGAUAACGAGAGCCGUAGAGAUUCCUUGUUUGUGCCCCGACGACAUGGAGAGAGACGCAACAGCAACCUGAGUCAGACCAGUAGGUCAUCCCGGAUGCUGGCAGUGUUUCCAGCGAAUGGGAAGAUGCACAGCACUGUGGAUUGCAAUGGUGUGGUUUCCUUGGUUGGUGGACCUUCAGUUCCUACAUCGCCUGUUGGACAGCUUCUGCCAGAGGUGAUAAUAGAUAAGCCAGCUACUGAUGACAAUGGAACAACUACUGAAACUGAAAUGAGAAAGAGAAGGUCAAGUUCUUUCCACGUUUCCAUGGACUUUCUAGAAGAUCCUUCCCAAAGGCAACGAGCAAUGAGUAUAGCCAGCAUUCUAACAAAUACAGUAGAAGAACUUGAAGAAUCCAGGCAGAAAUGCCCACCCUGUUGGUAUAAAUUUUCCAACAUAUUCUUAAUCUGGGACUGUUCUCCAUAUUGGUUAAAAGUGAAACAUGUUGUCAACCUGGUCGUGAUGGACCCAUUUGUUGACCUGGCCAUCACCAUCUGUAUUGUCUUAAAUACUCUUUUCAUGGCCAUGGAGCACUAUCCAAUGACGGACCAUUUCAAUAAUGUGCUUACAGUAGGAAACUUGGUUUUCACUGGGAUCUUUACAGCAGAAAUGUUUCUGAAAAUUAUUGCCAUGGAUCCUUACUAUUAUUUCCAAGAAGGCUGGAAUAUCUUUGACGGUUUUAUUGUGACGCUUAGCCUGGUAGAACUUGGACUCGCCAAUGUGGAAGGAUUAUCUGUUCUCCGUUCAUUUCGAUUGCUGCGAGUUUUCAAGUUGGCAAAAUCUUGGCCAACGUUAAAUAUGCUAAUAAAGAUCAUCGGCAAUUCCGUGGGGGCUCUGGGAAAUUUAACUCUCGUCUUGGCCAUCAUCGUCUUCAUUUUUGCCGUGGUCGGCAUGCAGCUCUUUGGUAAAAGCUACAAAGAUUGUGUCUGCAAGAUCGCCAGUGAUUGUCAACUCCCACGCUGGCACAUGAAUGACUUCUUCCACUCCUUCCUGAUUGUGUUCCGCGUGCUGUGUGGGGAGUGGAUAGAGACCAUGUGGGACUGUAUGGAGGUUGCUGGUCAAGCCAUGUGCCUUACUGUCUUCAUGAUGGUCAUGGUGAUUGGAAACCUAGUGGUCCUGAAUCUCUUUCUGGCCUUGCUUCUGAGCUCAUUUAGUGCAGACAACCUUGCAGCCACUGAUGAUGAUAAUGAAAUGAAUAAUCUCCAAAUUGCUGUGGAUAGGAUGCACAAAGGAGUAGCUUAUGUGAAAAGAAAAAUAUAUGAAUUUAUUCAACAGUCCUUCAUUAGGAAACAAAAGAUUUUAGAUGAAAUUAAACCACUUGAUGAUCUAAACAACAAGAAAGACAGUUGUAUGUCCAAUCAUACAACAGAAAUUGGGAAAGAUCUUGACUAUCUUAAAGAUGUAAAUGGAACUACAAGUGGUAUAGGAACUGGCAGCAGUGUUGAAAAAUACAUUAUUGAUGAAAGUGAUUACAUGUCAUUCAUAAACAACCCCAGUCUUACUGUGACCGUACCAAUUGCUGUAGGAGAAUCUGACUUUGAAAAUUUAAACACGGAAGACUUUAGUAGUGAAUCGGAUCUGGAAGAAAGCAAAGAGAAACUGAAUGAAAGCAGUAGCUCAUCAGAAGGUAGCACUGUGGACAUCGGUGCACCUGCAGAAGAACAGCCCGUAGUGGAACCUGAAGAAACCCUUGAACCAGAAGCUUGUUUCACUGAAGGCUGUGUACAAAGAUUCAAGUGUUGUCAAAUCAAUGUGGAAGAAGGUAGAGGAAAACAAUGGUGGAACCUGAGAAGGACGUGUUUCCGAAUAGUUGAACAUAACUGGUUUGAGACCUUCAUUGUUUUCAUGAUUCUCCUUAGUAGUGGUGCUCUGGCAUUUGAAGAUAUAUAUAUUGAUCAGCGAAAGACGAUUAAGACGAUGUUGGAAUAUGCUGACAAGGUUUUCACUUACAUUUUCAUUCUGGAAAUGCUUCUAAAAUGGGUGGCAUAUGGCUAUCAAACAUAUUUCACCAAUGCCUGGUGUUGGCUGGACUUCUUAAUUGUUGAUGUUUCAUUGGUCAGUUUAACAGCAAAUGCCUUGGGUUACUCAGAACUUGGAGCCAUCAAAUCUCUCAGGACACUAAGAGCUCUGAGACCUCUAAGAGCCUUAUCUCGAUUUGAAGGGAUGAGGGUGGUUGUGAAUGCCCUUUUAGGAGCAAUUCCAUCCAUCAUGAAUGUGCUUCUGGUUUGUCUUAUAUUCUGGCUAAUUUUCAGCAUCAUGGGCGUAAAUUUGUUUGCUGGCAAAUUCUACCACUGUAUUAACACCACAACUGGUGACAGGUUUGACAUCGAAGACGUGAAUAAUCAUACUGAUUGCCUAAAACUAAUAGAAAGAAAUGAGACUGCUCGAUGGAAAAAUGUGAAAGUAAACUUUGAUAAUGUAGGAUUUGGGUAUCUCUCUUUGCUUCAAGUUGCCACAUUCAAAGGAUGGAUGGAUAUAAUGUAUGCAGCAGUUGAUUCCAGAAAUGUGGAACUCCAGCCUAAGUAUGAAGAAAGUCUGUACAUGUAUCUUUACUUUGUUAUUUUCAUCAUCUUUGGGUCCUUCUUCACCUUGAACCUGUUUAUUGGUGUCAUCAUAGAUAAUUUCAACCAGCAGAAAAAGAAGUUUGGAGGUCAAGACAUCUUUAUGACAGAAGAACAGAAGAAAUACUAUAAUGCAAUGAAAAAAUUAGGAUCGAAAAAACCGCAAAAGCCUAUACCUCGACCAGGAAACAAAUUUCAAGGAAUGGUCUUUGACUUCGUAACCAGACAAGUUUUUGACAUAAGCAUCAUGAUUCUCAUCUGUCUUAACAUGGUCACAAUGAUGGUGGAAACAGAUGACCAGAGUGAAUAUGUGACUACCAUUUUGUCGCGCAUCAAUCUGGUGUUCAUUGUGCUGUUUACUGGAGAGUGUGUACUGAAACUCAUCUCUCUACGCCAUUAUUAUUUUACCAUUGGAUGGAAUAUUUUUGAUUUUGUGGUUGUCAUUCUCUCCAUUGUAGGUAUGUUUCUUGCCGAGCUGAUAGAAAAGUAUUUCGUGUCCCCUACCCUGUUCCGAGUGAUCCGUCUUGCUAGGAUUGGCCGAAUCCUACGUCUGAUCAAAGGAGCAAAGGGGAUCCGCACGCUGCUCUUUGCUUUGAUGAUGUCCCUUCCUGCAUUGUUUAACAUCGGCCUCCUACUCUUCCUGGUCAUGUUCAUCUACGCCAUCUUUGGGAUGUCCAACUUUGCCUAUGUUAAGAGGGAAGUUGGGAUCGAUGACAUGUUCAACUUUGAGACCUUUGGCAACAGCAUGAUCUGCCUGUUCCAAAUUACAACCUCUGCUGGCUGGGAUGGAUUGCUAGCACCCAUUCUCAACAGUAAGCCACCCGACUGUGACCCUAAUAAAGUUAACCCUGGAAGCUCAGUUAAGGGAGAUUGUGGGAACCCAUCUGUUGGAAUUUUCUUUUUUGUCAGUUACAUCAUCAUAUCCUUCCUGGUUGUGGUGAACAUGUACAUCGCGGUCAUCCUGGAGAACUUCAGUGUUGCUACUGAAGAAAGUGCAGAGCCUCUGAGUGAGGAUGACUUUGAGAUGUUCUAUGAGGUUUGGGAGAAGUUUGAUCCCGAUGCAACUCAGUUCAUGGAAUUUGAAAAAUUAUCUCAGUUUGCAGCUGCGCUUGAACCGCCUCUCAAUCUGCCACAACCAAAUAAACUCCAGCUCAUUGCCAUGGAUUUGCCCAUGGUGAGUGGUGACCGGAUCCACUGUCUUGAUAUCUUAUUUGCUUUUACAAAGCGGGUUCUAGGAGAGAGUGGAGAGAUGGAUGCUCUACGAAUACAGAUGGAAGAGCGAUUCAUGGCUUCCAAUCCUUCCAAGGUCUCCUAUCAGCCAAUCACUACUACUUUAAAACGAAAACAAGAGGAAGUAUCUGCUGUCAUUAUUCAGCGUGCUUACAGACGCCACCUUUUAAAGCGAACUGUAAAACAAGCUUCCUUUACGUACAAUAAAAACAAAAUCAAAGGUGGGGCUAAUCUUCUUAUAAAAGAAGACAUGAUAAUUGACAGAAUAAAUGAAAACUCUAUUACAGAAAAAACUGAUCUGACCAUGUCCACUGCAGCUUGUCCGCCUUCCUAUGACCGGGUGACAAAGCCAAUUGUGGAAAAACAUGAGCAAGAAGGCAAAGAUGAAAAAGCCAAAGGGAAAUAAAUGAAAAUAAAUAAAAAUAAUUGGGUGACAAAUUGUUUACAGCCUGUGAAGGUGAUGUAUUUUUAUCAACAGGACUCCUUUAGGAGGUCAAUGCCAAACUGACUGUUUUUACACAAAUCUCCUUAAGGUCAGUGCCUACAAUAAGACAGUGACCCCUUGUCAGCAAAUUGUGACUCUGUGUAAAGGGGAGAUGACCUUGACAGGAGGUUACUGUUCUCACUACCAGCUGACACUGCUGAAGAUAAGAUACACAAUGGCUAGUCAGACUGUAGGGACCAGUUUCAAGGGGUGCAAACCUGUGAUUUUGGGGUUGUUUAACAUGAAACACUUUAGUGUAGUAAUUGUAUCCACUGUUUGCAUUUCAACUGCCACAUUUGUCACAUUUUUACGGAAUCUGUUAGUGGAUUCAUCUUUUUGUUAAUCCAUGUGUUUAUUAUAUGUGACUAUUUUUGUAAACGAAGUUUCUGUUGAGAAAUAGGCUAAGGACCUCUAUAACAGGUAUGCCACCUGGGGGGUAUGGCAACCACAUGGCCCUCCCAGCUACACAAAGUCGUGGUUUGCAUGAGGGCAUGCUGCACUUAGAGAUCAUGCAUGAGAAAAAGUCACAAGAAAAACAAAUUCUUAAAUUUCACCAUAUUUCUGGGAGGGGUAAUUGGGUGAUAAGUGGAGGUGCUUUGUUGAUCUUGUUUUGCGAAAUCCAGCCCCUAGACCAAGUAGAUUGUUUGUGGGUAGGCCAGUAAAUCUUAGCAGGUGCAAACUUCAUUCAAAUGUCUGGAGUCAUAAAUGUUAUGUUUCUUUUUGUUGUAUUAAAAAAAAAAAAAACCUGAAUAGUGAAUAUUGCCCCUCACCCUCCACCGCCAGAAGACUGAAUUGACCAAAAUUACUCUUUAUAAAUUUCUGCUUUAUCCUGCACUUUGUUUAGCCAUCUUCGGCUCUCAGCAAGGUUGACACUGUAUAUGUUAAUGAAAUGCUAUUUAUUAUGUAAAUAGUCAUUUUACCCUGUGGUGCACGUUUGAGCAAACAAAUAAUGACCUAAGCACAGUAUUUAUUGCAUCAAAUAUGUACCACAAGAAAUGUAGAGUGCAAGCUUUACACAGGUAAUAAAAUGUAUUCUGUACCAUUUAUAGAUAGUUUGGAUGCUAUCAAUGCAUGUUUAUAUUACCAUGCUGCUGUAUCUGGUUUCUCUCACUGCUCAGAAUCUCAUUUAUGAGAAACCAUAUGUCAGUGGUAAAGUCAAGGAAAUUGUUCAACAGAUCUCAUUUAUUUAAGUCAUUAAGCAAUAGUUUGCAGCACUUUAACAGCUUUUUGGUUAUUUUUACAUUUUAAGUGGAUAACAUAUGGUAUAUAGCCAGACUGUACAGACACGUUUAAAAAAACACACUGCUUAACCUGUUAAAAUGUGUUUAGAAUUUUAUAAGCAAAUAUAAAUACUGUAAAAAGUCACUUUAUUUUAUUUUUCAGCAUUAUGUACAUAAAUAUGAAGAGGAAAUUAUCUUCAGGUUGAUAUCACAAUCACUUUUCUUACUUUCUGUCCAUAGUACUUUUUCAUGAAAGAAAUUUGCUAAAUAAGACAUGAAAACAAGACUGGGUAGUUGUAGAUUUCUGCUUUUUUAAUUACAUUUGCUAAUUUUAGAUUAUUUCACAAUUUUAAGGAGCAAAAUAGGUUCACGAUUCAUAUCCAAAUUAUGCUUUGCAAUUGGAAAAGGGUUUAAAAUUUUAUUUAUAUUUCUGGUAGUACCUGUACUAACUGAAUUGAAGGUAGUGCUUAUGUUAUUUUUGUUCUUUUUUUCUGACUUCGGUUUAUGUUUUCAUUUCUUUGGAGUAAUGCUGCUCUAGAUUGUUCUAAAUAUAAUGUGGGCUUCAUAAUUUUUUUUUCCACAAAAACAGAGUAGUCAACUUAUAUAGUCAAUUACAUCAGGACAUUUUGUGUUUCUUACAGAAGCAAACCAUAGGCUCCUCUUUUCCUUAAAACUACUUAGAUAAACUGUAUUCGUGAACUGCAUGCUGGAAAAUGCUACUAUUAUGCUAAAUAAUGCUAACCAACAUUUAAAAUGUGCAAAACUAAUAAAGAUUACAUUUUUUA